AUUUUUUUCGUUUAUAUUAAUGAUAUUAUAUAUACUUUUUUAAUUGUAUAGUUAAACUAUAAAAAUUAAUUACUAUAAUAAGUAGUUAUGGCUAAAGAAAAUCCGUAUGAAUUAAACCUUGAUAAUACAAAUAACAAUGAUGCAAUAGAUAUUAUUGAUAAAUUAAAUGAAUUAGUUUGUUGUCUGAAUAUCGAUGAAGGUUGUCAAAUGUUAUUGAAACCAUCAACAACAGAUUUGCAAAAUGAAAUAAAAUUUGAUCAGAGGGCAGACCAAGUAUUUAAGCAUCAUCGCCGUCACGACCAAAUUAUGAUUGAAAAUAACAUUAUGAAUGAAUUACAACAAAGUAUUAACAUCAUAAAUAAUGACUUGGACAAGAAACUUAACAAAAAGGAGUUAGAUUCAAAGAAUAUUAUUGAGAUAUAUGAUCGUCUAAUGACUCUUAAAAUGUUGAACUUAAAAUAUUCAAUAAAUACUAAGUCUCUAAAAGACUUUAUAAAGUUAAAUAAGAUUAAUUUAGAAGAAGUUACUAAAAUAGAAAAUGGAAUAAAAGUUGUCCAAAGCUUAAAUGAAAAACCAUCCAAGAAAUCAGAUAUUAAAAUACCACAUACAGUAAAAGAUCGUAGACCAUCAAUUUUGUGUAUUUCGAAUAGAUCUCGAAGAAACAAUCAUGAUACUAACUUUAGGGUACAACCUAGAAUAAACAUAGAACGGAUAAGACAGUCAGAAAAUUUAACUAAUGAGAACAUAAUUUUUGACUCACAAGUCAAUGAAGUAAUAAGGAUGAGAUACGAAAAUGAUCACACAGAUAUGGUGGAAAGCUUAAAUAAUCAACCAAAUAUUAAUCAAAAUACAAGGCAUAGAUAUAAUGAAGAAUCAAUGAGUAAUGAUUUAAUGACAAGUAGUAUGGAAGAAGACUUACAACUUAUCGAAUCUCCUGACUUUAACAGCUCAGUGAAUCUUUGUAAAGAUAAUGAAGAUAAUAACAGUGGAGAUAUAUACUUAUUACUCCAACCACAUAAUAGUUGGAUGGAAUCUUAAUAAUAUCGAUUUUAUUAAAUAAUGAAUAAAAACUUAUAUUUUCAUAUUAAGAAAAAAAUAUAAAUUUUAAUAAUUCAAUAA